AUGCGGGGCGGGGGGGAUCGGAUUCGCUCCGGCUUUAUAAACCGGGAGCCCGGCGCUGGGGCGCUGCCUCUGGGAUUUGCCUUGCCCCGAGCCAUGUCCUGCCUCCGCUGGGGGCUGCUGCUGCUCCUGGGCGGCCCCGCGCUGGCGGCCCCUUUGCGAUGGGACAGAUCCCCGUUCAUCAUCUCGGAGAGCGAGCGGGGGCCGCCAUGCCCGGCCGAAUGCCCCCGCGAGCGCCACCGGCCCGUCUGCGCCUCCGACGGCAAACUCUACAAAUCCCAGUGUGUCUUCCAGCGCGCCCGGUGCCAGGACCCCCUCCUCCAGGCACUGCCCCGCUUCCGCUGUGGGGGCGCCCACCACGACCCCACCAGCCUGAACCUCACCCGGUGCCAAGAGGAUCGCGCAGCCGCCCUGGCCCGGCGCCAGGCGGACUCCAUCUACGUCCCUGAGUGCAAUGAGGACGGCUCCUUCUUGCAGGUGCAGUGCCACAGGCAGACGGGUUACUGCUGGUGCGCCACCACCGAGGGCAAACCCGUCAGCGGGACGUCCGUGCUCAACCAGACGCCCAACUGCACAGGUUCCUAUGUGGUGCGACCGUCCUGGCAGGACCCUAACUCAUCACGGAGAGAAGGCGGGAGACCCAGGCCCACCCCGGCAAGCCCCCCGCCCCACAAGCAGGAAGAGGGGACCUCGCUGCCAUUCCUCAUACCCAUCAUCCUCCCCGACUUCAAGCCCAACCGCACGGUGAAGCGGAUUCAAGAGUUCCCUCCGUCCUGCGAGCAGGAGCGGCUGGAGGCCCUCGAGGAAAUUCAGCGGCACCAGCAGGAGGGGACCUUCGUCCCUGAGUGCGAGGGAGACAGCACCUACAAACCCGUCCAGUGCCACCAGGCCACGGGCUACUGCUGGUGCGUGCAGGCCAACACCGGCCGGCCCGUCCCUGGCACCUCCACCAGGAACUUCCCGCCAGACUGCGAGUCUGAUGCCGCGGCCAAGAGCGCGGAGAUGGGUUCUCUCUUCCGGGACAGGGCGCUGCCAGGCUGCCCGGGUCCCAAGAAGGCGGAGUUCCUGUCCAAUCUAAUGAAGGCCUUGACGUCCGACAUGAUCCAGUCCCGGCUGAUGCCCAUCACGCAUAGGAGGCUGUCGGAUCGCACGCCGGGCCCCAGCCUGGAGGAGCGGGCGGCGCGCUGGCAUUUCGUGCGCCUGGACAAGGACUUCAGCGACGGGCUGAGCGAGCGGGAGCUGCGGCCCCUCAAGCUCUACGUGAAGCAGCACACGCGGCCCAAGCGCUGCGCCCGCAAGUUCCUGGAGUACUGCGACCUGGACGCCAACCGGCUCGUCUCCCUGCCGGAGCUCAGGGGCUGCCUCGGGCUCAGCUAG